UUGAUUUUGGCAAUAUAGUCGUUUACCAAUUUUGGCACUAUAUCAUUUGCUCUUUUAUGCCUUCAAUUGUAAAAUCAGGAUACCUAAAACGUUACGAAAAACGUUUUAUUGGGAAAGAUUGGCGAGAUGAUUGGUUUGUUUUGUAUGACGAUAGUACAUUAUCAUGGUUUAAAAGAAAAGAUAUAUCUGAUCCAACAGGCAGUAUAUUUCUCAAAGCAGUCGCUAACCUUAUUGCUGUUGGGGAAUUCACAAAAAUUGUGCCAAAUAGACCAGAUUUACCGUCGGGAUAUUUAUACAAAAAUUUGAUGGCUUUAGGAACCGAUAAAAAGAAACGGGUAAUUUGGGUCUUAUGCGCGGACGAUAACGAAUUAAACUCCUGGAUGAGUGCAGUGGUCAGCACUUUACCUCCUCCACCAGCUCCUCCGCAAAACCCUAAUUCCAAUCCCAUAACAAAAGAUGAUCAAUCAUCCGACAGCAAUAAACCUAAUGUUUACCCUAUGCCUGCUCCACCAUACCCAGGUGGAGCUCCUCAGCAACCCCCUCCCCCUUCAUCUCAAAACUAUCCUCAACCUGCACCUUCUGGUGCAUAUGGAGCUGCACCUGCCCCUCCUGGUGCAUAUGGAGCUUCACCGGGAGUGGCGACCGGUGGGAAUCCUACCGUUGUAAUAUUAGAUCGCGAUAGAGGGGGUGGCGGAGGCGGUGGCGGCUAUGGCGGAGGCGGGGGAUUAUUUGGGGGAGGAGGCGGUAGAAGUGGUGGUAUGGGAAUGGGAACAGGCCUUUUAGCUGGCGGCUUGCUUGGUUAUGGGCUUAGUAGCCUCACCCGUCCUUUUGGUGGUUACGGUAUGGGAAGUGGCUGGGGCGGCGGUGGCAUGGGUAUGGGUGGUUAUGGCAUGGGAGGUAUGGGUGGUUAUGGCAUGGGAGGUAUGGGAGGCGGAUAUGGUAUGGGAGGCAUACAAGACAAUGAUACUACAAAUAUCGUUAACAAUUAUAACUAUGGAGGUGGCGGUGACACGGGCGCUCUGGCGGGCGGUGACAUGGGAGGGGGUCUUGGCGGAGGCGUUCUCGGUGGGGGUGGCUCUGACUUUUUCAACGAUGGUUCCUACAACUCUGGUGGUCUAGCCAGUUAUGGUGGUGGUAUGGAUGACUAUUAUGGUGGAGGGAACACUGGAGGCUUGUUUGGUAGUGGCGGUGACAGCGGAGGCGGAGGUCUGUUUGGAGGUGGCGAUAGUAGCAGCGGAGGUCUUUUUGGCGGUGGAGGCGAUUUUGGAGGGGGCUCAGACUUUUUUGGAGGAGGUGGAGGAGGCGGUGGAGAUUUCUUUGGGGGUGGUGGUGGAGGAUUUGGUGGCGGUGAUUUUGGUGGAGGUGGGGGCGGAGACUUUUGAUCUAAAUAUAUCAAAUAUUUUUAAAUUAUUAAUUAUUUUUGCCGAAAAUCGAAGUAUGUAUAUUAAUAAUAGAGCAAAGUCUAUUUACAUUUAUCUUUAUAUGCUAAUAUUGAUUUUUUUAAAUUUUACGAAUAAGAAAUAUUGUUGACUCUAGUAUAUUAAAUAAUGAAUCUUGUGUAUAAUAAAUAUCUUAUUACACCUAUAUUUAGCUCAUUUUUACAAUUGAAACACUUAUUAUUUGUUAGUAGUUUUAAGAGUGCAAUUAAAAAUUGUAUAUCAUAAUUAUAUAGGAUCCACAGAUUUAUUUAUAUUUAAUGCACAUUUAUUUAUUUUUUUAAAACUUUACAUAAAAAAAUGCUUCUGCUAUAUUA